AUGUCGGGCGUUACCGUCAAUGCCUUCCCUAACAACAUGUGGGGCGUUACCGUCAAUGUCUCUUACUCCAUCACUACCACCCCUGCAUUAUUCCACCGACUCCAUCACUUCAACCCCAACUUUAUUCCCCCGACCCCAUCAGUACCUCCCAACUUUAUUCCCCUGGACUCCAUCACUACCUCCCCGACUUUAUACCUCCGCCAACUCCAUCACUACCUCCUCAACUUUAUUCCCCCGCCGACGCCAUCAGUACCUCCCCAACUUUAUUCACCCGACUCCAUCACUACCUCCCCAACUUUAUACCUCCGCCAACUCCAUCACUACCUCCUCAACUCUAUUCCCCCGACUCCAUCACUACCUCCCCAACUUUAUACCUCCGCCGACUCCAUCACUACCUCCUCAACUUUAUUCCCCCGUCGACGCCAUCAGUACCUCCCCAACUUUAUUCCCGACCCCAUCACUACCUCCCCAACUUUAUACCUCCGCCAACUCCAUCACUACCUCCUCAACUUUAUACCUCCUACCUCCCCAACUUUAUUCCCGACCCAAUCACUACCUCCCCAACAUUAUACCUCCGCCAUCUCCAUCACUACCUCCUCAACUCUAUUCCCCCGACUCCAUCACUACCUCCCCAACUUUAUACCUCCGCCGACUCCAUCACUACCUCCUCAACUUUAUUCCCCCGUCGACGCCAUCAGUACCUCCCCAACUUUAUUCCCGACCCCAUCACUACCUCCCCAACUUUAUACCUCCGCCAACUCCAUCACUACCUCCUCAACUUUAUACCUCCGUCAACUCCAUCACUACUUCCUCAACUUUAUACCUCCGUCAACUCCAUUACUACCUCCUCAACUUUAUACCUCCGUCAACUCCAUAACUACCUCCUCAACUUUAUACCUCCGUCAACACCAUCACUACCUCCCAAACAUUGUACCUCCGCCAACUCCAUCACUAUCUUCCAAACUUUAUACCUCCGCCAACUCCAUCACUACCUCCCCAACUUUAUACCUCCGUCAACUCCAUCACUACCUCCUCAACUCUAUUCCCCCGACUCCAUCACUACCUCCCCAACUUUAUACCUCCGCCGACUUCAUCACUACCUCCUCAACUUUAUUCCCCCGUCGACGCCAUCAGUACCUCCCCAACUUUAUUCACGACUCCAUCACUACCUCCCCAACUUUAUACCUCCGUCAACUCCAUUACUACCUCCCCAACUUUAUACCUCCGUCAACUCCAUCACUACCUCCCCAACUUUAUACCUCCGCCGACUCCAUCACUACCUCCUCAACUUUAUUCCCCCGCCGACGCCAUCACUACCUCCCCAACUUAAUUCAGAACCCUAUCACUGCCUCCCCGACUUUAUACCUCCGCCAACUCCAUCACUACCUCCUCAACUUUAUUCCCCCGCCGACGCCAUCAGUACCUCCCCAACUUUAUUCACCCGACUCCAUCACUACCUCCCCAACUUUAUACCUCCGCCAUCUCCAUCACUACCUCCUCAACUUUAUACCUCCGCCAACUCCAUCACUACCUCCUCAACUUUAUACCUCCGCCAUCUCCAUCACUACCUCCCCAACUUUAUACCUCCGCCAACUCCAUCACUACCUCCUCAACUUUAUACCUCCGCCAUCUCCAUCACUACCUCCCCAACUUUAUACCUCCGCCAACUCCAUCACUACCUCCCCAACUUUAUACCUCCGUCAACUCCAUCACUACCUCCUCAACUUUAUACCUCCGUCAACUCCAUUACUACCUCCUCAACUUUAUACCUCCGUCAACUCCAUCACUACCUCCUCAACUUUAUUCCCCCGCCGACGCCAUCAGUACCUCCCCAACUUUAUUCCCGACCCAAUCACUACCUCCCCAACUUUAUACCUCCGCCAUCUCCAUCACUACCUCCUCAACUCUAUUCCCCCGACUCCAUCACUACCUCCCCAACUUUAUACCUCCGCCGACUCCAUCACUACCUCCUCAACUUUAUUCCCCCGUCGACGCCAUCAGUACCUCCCCAACUUUAUUCCCGACCCCAUCACUACCUCCCCAACUUUAUACCUCCGCCAACUCCAUCACUACCUCCUCAACUUUAUACCUCCGUCAACUCCAUCACUACCUCCUCAACUUUAUAAAUCCGUCAACUCCAUCACUACCUCCUCAACUUUAUACCUCCGUCAACUCCAUCACUACCUCCUCAACUUUAUACCUCCGUCAACACCAUCACUACCUCCCAAACAUUGUACCUCCGCCAACUCCAUCACUACCUCCCAAACAUUGUACCUCCGCCAACUCCAUCACUACCUCCCAAACUUUAUACCUCCGUCAACUCCAUCACUACCUCCUCAACUUUAUACCUCCGCCAACACCAUCACUACCUCCCAAACAUUGUACCUCCGCCAACUCCAUCACUAUCUUCCAAACUUUAUACCUCCGUCAACUCCAUCACUACCUCCUCAACUCUAUUCCCCCGACUCCAUCACUACAUCCUCAACUUUAUACCUCCGCCAACUCCAUCACUUCCUCCUCAACUCUAUUCCCCCGACUCCAUCACUACCUCCCCAACUUUAUACCUCCGCCGACUUCAUCACUACCUCCUCAACUUUAUUCCCCCGUCGACGCCAUCAGUACCUCCCCAACUUUAUUCACGACCCCAUCACUACCUCCCCAACUUUAUACCUCCGUCAACUCCAUUACUACCUCCCCAACUUUAUACCUCCGUCAACUCCAUCACUACCUCCUCAACUUUAUACCUCCGCCGACUCCAUCACUACCUCCUCAACUUUAUUCCCCCGCCGACGCCAUCACUACCUCCCCAACUUAAUUCAGAACCCCAUCACUGCCUCCCCAACUUUAUACCUCCGUCAACUCCAUUACUACCUCCUCAACUUUAUAGCUCUCUCCGUCAACACCAUCACUACCUCCUCAACUUUAUACCUCCGUCAACACCAUCACUACCUCCCAAACAUUGUACCUCCGCCAACUUCAUCACUACCUCCCAAACUUUAUACCUCCGUCAACUCCAUCACUACCUCCUCAACUUUAUUCCCCCGUCGACGCCAUCAGUACCUCCCCAACUUUAUUCACCCGACUCCAUCACUACCUCCCCAACUUUAUACCUCCGCCAACUCCAUCACUACCCCCCCACUCUAUUCCCCCGACUCCAUCACUACCUCCCCAACUUUAUACCUCCGCCAACUCCAUAACUACUUCCUCAACUUUAUUCCCCCGCCGACGCCAUCACUACCUCCCCAACUUAAUUCAGAACCCCAUCACUGCCUCCCCAACUUUAUACCUCCGUCAACUCCAUCACUACCUCCCCGACUUUAUACCUCCGCCAACUCCAUCACUACCUCCUCAACUUUAUUCCCCCGCCGACGCCAUCAGUACCUCCCCAACUUUAUUCCCGACCCAAUCACUACCUCCCCAACUUUAUACCUCCGCCAACUCCAUCACUACCUCCUCAACUCUAUUCCCCCGACUCCAUCACUACCUCCCCAACUUUAUACCUCCGCCGACUCCAUCACUACCUCUUCAACUUUAUUCCCCCGUCGACGCCAUCAGUACCUCCCCAACUUUAUUCCCGACCCCAUCACUACCUCCCCAACUUUAUACCUCCGCCAACUCCAUCACUACCUCCUCAACUUUAUACCUCCGCCGACGCCAUCAGUACCUCCCCAACUUUAUUCACGACCCCAUCACUACCUCCCCAACUUUAUACCUCCGCAAACUCCAUCACUACCUCCUCAACUUUAUACCUCCGUCAACUCCUUCAGUACCUCCUCAACUUUAUUCCCGAUCCCAUCACUACCAUCAUCUCAGUUGAUCGGUGGUACCUUGAUGGCGGGUUGUGGAGGGAUUGGAUGGGCUUGCAAGGAUGAAGGGUAUGUUGUAACAUGGUGUCCUCGGGGUGUGAAGGGUGUCGACGUUCGUGCAGCUGCUACAUGGAGAGGUGAGGAAGGUCGGUGUCGGGGUGACAGGCUGAGGGGAUGGGAGAUUGGGGAUAGAAGGGGUGGGGGUGUAUGGAGGAGGGGUGGUGGAUUGGAAAGGGGCCUCUCCGACGUGUGA